AUGCAGGUUGGUCACGUCCCUAUAUGUGCCAUAGUACCUACAUGGCAAAGGAAAGACAUCGAGGAGGCAAAAGAUAAACUAAAAAAUCUCGGGAUCACUGACAUCUAUGACCUACCUUCCGUUGGUGGCAAUCUCUCAGAUGAGAAACGGUUGCUGAGGCUUGAUCUCCUCCAUGAAUGCCUGAAGAAAGGUGACGAAGGGAUAUCUGCUGACUUAAUACAGCUGUAUUCUUUACCCAGUUUUGAGCGGUUACGGAACCAAUGGACAAAGGAUGUCACAGAAACACAGAAGAGGCACGGAGAAGACAUAAGAGAAGAAGAAGUAGCAAAGAAGUUACUCCGAGGUAGAAUUACAGACUUAGAGCAGGAACUCAACGAUUCCCGUGCAAGUCGCGCAAGCAUAGUCAGUGAAAAGGGAAGACUACAAGAUACCAUGAAGGUUGAACAAGAAAGACGUGAACAUAGUGAAAGGGCAAUGAUGGAAAACGAGAAAAGAGCAACACAGAUAAUGGAGACGUAUAAGCAGAGGGAGAUGGAAUUUGAAAAGAAACUACAAUCAAAGGAUCUGCGUAUCGAAACAAUGGCUGAAAAUUUACAGGGGACAGAAGAGAAGGCAAGACGUCAGGUUGACCGACUUAAGCGUGAGACCUGGAAGCUGAGAACCAAAAUUCAACUAGAAAGUGAGAUACGAUCAGCAGAGCAGAAGAAGAAAGCAGAGACACAUCAAUGGAGUUUCAUUCGCUGGGUGGGUUCUGGAAAACAAGCUCAGAGUGGCACAUCAUCAACUGAGGCUAAUUCAACCGGAGGACUGGGAAGGAGUGAUACAAUGCAAGCAGGAGAGGAGCCCCCAGAUGAUGAGUUUGCAGGCAUAUUACAGCAGAUAGCUGACGACCUUUACGAUGAAGCCAAGAUCGACAGCCUUGGUGGUCAGCUGGGAAUCCUACAUGGUGAUAUACAGAGAGCGCUCAUGACCAAUGUGAAGUUCAACCGUGUUACCAGUGAUGGAACUCGUCAUAUGCUGAAACAAUGGAGAGAAGGUGUGUCCAGGGAAGAUGAACGGAUUGAGCUCAGGAAGGCACUGCAAGCUGCCAAGUUGGUCAACCUUGCAGACCUGUAUCUCAGCGAAGGUGUAGUAGAAGAACAGAUCGAUGCUGAAUAUGAUAAAGAAGGCGUCAAUGAUCAACAGCUCUCUACUAGAGAUAAGGCCUCUCUAGAAGAGGACCAGACCAAAGGACAGACCGACACCCAGGUACUUCAGGACGCUACAUCAAGCAAUGACCACACUCCUCGAGAUGGGCAUACGGGAAACAUGGCUUCCAAAACCCAGGAGGACUUGACAGAUAGAAGUAGGAGUCAACAUCCCGACAAAUCACCGGAGAGCAGUAGACAGAAUUUGGAUGCAUCUGAAGUGACUUCUGAAGACGUGUUCUCUGCAGAAGUUCACGCUGGUGAUUAUAUGACCGAUGUAAGUAGCAUUCAACCUGCUGACCAAUCGUCCAUACAUGAAAUGCAAGACUUACCUGAAGAUAUGUCUGAGAUAGCCCCUCUGGUAUCUUUUGGUGGAAAACCCGACGAGGAAUCCACCAUCUUGGAAGAAGAAGAUCUGAUUUCUCAACUCGUUCUUAUUGAUCCAUUCCCGGAGAAAAUAAUGCUCCUUUUCCUCCUAAAGAUAAUAAUGGAUGUUCCCCAGAGAGUACUCAGUUUAUAAAUCACCAGAGAAUCUUCAUCAAGCCAAGUGUACUAACACAAAUCUCCUUUGUUCAUAUUAUAUUAUAAAACAACAUCCAAGGAACUAACAC